AUGGACAACCCCAACAAGAGAACCAGAGACGACUUCGAGGGGCCCGACGGACCUGCAGGAGGCUACGAAUACGAUGAUCCUUCCAAAAAGCAACACGUGGACCCCACGGUCGGGUUGAUCCUGGAUAUCUGCAAAGACAUCAGGAGAAUCGGUGAAAACAGUAACUUGGCUACCCAGGUGGACGAUAUCUCGUACAUUUCCAACCCGAUUGUGGCCGAGUUUGAGAAAAUCGACAAGUUGAGAGAGGCCGUUUUGGCAACCUUGUACGCUGUGGUCAUUGAGCAGCCCCAGAAGAUCACCGCCUUGACUGUGCUUAUUUUCGUGUGUAACGCUAAGAACUUCUUGGUGGCCAAGUACGUCAUUGAGUACUUCCAUGCCAAGGCCCAGAGCCUACUAGACAAGCUCAGGGAGCUGCUGAUGGAGGUGGAGACUCGUGAGGAGAAACAGGCUGAAGAUGCUGGUGUUUUCAACGACUUGAAGUCUGUGUUCAAGUUUUUGGGUGCUUUGAACCCAAUUAUCGCCGACAAGGCCGUGCUGAACUUGUUGAAACAGCUUUUGAACACGGCCAUUGAGUUGCAGAACGCGUCUGGCGACAAGAGAAACGGUCUUGCUGAAGAGAUCUUCUACAAUGUGUUGAUUGCAACACCAUACCUUCUUGCCAACGACUUCUCUGAGGAGACUGUUGCGGAGGCCAACGAGAUUGUUGAAUUGGCCGCUCAGUUUAAGAUCGUCGAGGAGAACGAACGCUCGGUCUCUGUUCUUGAGCCAUUUGACUCCAAGCACAAGAACUUCAUUGAGGAAUUGCCAUACAAGCCUAGAAAGCUCAUCACGUUGAUCUUGCCUGCAAUCACCGCGUUGCAGAAACCAGAGAAAAAUUGGGAUGGCUUUAAAGGUGCUCUUUUCCUCGACUAUGCCGACUUGAUGGAGCCUAUCAUCAAGGAAGCGUUGGACUCCAAUGAAAUCUCCCACGAGCUUGUGAAACAUGCUUUGCCACAAUUGUCGAUUCCAUCGAUUGACGAGAUCAACGCCUACAAGCCUGACGGUUUGAUCGAUAGCCUCUGGUUCCAGCACCCUAGGCUUCUAUUCCAGGUGUACAACACCACCACGGACUUCGAGACCGUGCCAUCGAUUGAAUCCUACUUUGGCUUGUUUUUCAAGGAUAUUGCCUUUGACAUCUUGACAAACAUGUCCUUCAACCAAAAGGAGGCUUCGAUUCAGUUGUCCAUUUUGGACUUGUUCUGCUCGAGAGACUUGUUCAGCCCUCCUGGCUCUUCAGUCGAUCAGCUUUCAAUGAUUGCGAAAGACAAUGAGGCAGGUGAAAACGUGCCUCCACUUUCAACCUGGAAAGUCGAGGAUGUUGCUGUUGAGAGUAUCCUUACAAUGAUUUUCCAGCUUCCCAAGCCUCUCCAUUACGAGAUCUACUACUACACAGUUUUGAUCUCGUGCUGUCAGGAGAGUCCAGAGUCUAUUGCGCCUGUUUUUGGUAGAGCCAUUAGAUUUUUCUACAAGAACUUGGAAACCCUAGACUACGAGUUGAAGAUUAGGUAUAUGGACUGGAUGACUACACAGAUCUCUAACUUCGACUUUAGCUGGAAAUGGGACGAGUGGGUCGCUGAUUCGCAGCUCUACGACAACCUCCAAUACCACCCCAAAAAGACAUUCAUCAAGAAUUUGAUUGCUAAGGAGAUUCGUCUUUCCAACAAGGCAAGAAUCAAGGAUAGUUUUGUCACGAUGCAGCAGGACGACAUCGGCGACAACAAACUCUUGGCUCUUGAAGAGUUCUACAAAUACCUUGACAUUUCUCUUUUCCCCAACGCUUUGAACUUUGUCAUCAACUACGAUUACGAGUUGUAUGGCGGCAACAAUGAGGAGUUGAAGAAGAUUGUUACGGAGACCAUCUACCAGCGCAAGGACGAGACAAGAGAUAAGUUGAUGUUGUCACCCCAGGAGGAGCUUAUCUAUGAAUUCUCCAACCCACAACUUCCUCUUCACGAGGUUGCCAACAAGCUUUAUGAUUUCAUCAUUGCCAACUGGAGAUCUAAUGAACAGUUCUUCGACAUGAUUAAGGAGACAAUCGAGGCUAUCAAGUCGUCUGUGGUGCAUGUUGAUGCCGAGCGGAUCUUGGUCAACUUGCUCUUCCAAACGUAUGCCUACAUUGGCUCGAGAUCCAUCUACUCUGUGGUGAGUAUCAUCAACAGAGACAUCGCCAAGUUGAAGUACAUUAGCGGACAGACUGUUACCGAAGAAGACUACAAGGCUAGUGGUACCGACUUCUCGUUCCCUGAGUUGGAAUUGACUCCAGAGCAAUUCCAGGAAAGACAAGAAUGGAUUGUUGACUCUAUCUUGAGAAUUUGGGUUCACCAGCCGCAAGUGGCUUUCCUCAUCUUGGAGUACCUCAUAGAGUUUGGUAUACUCAACCCCUCGUUCCUUAUCAAGAAAGCCUUGGACUUUGAGAACAACCUCAUCAUCAGUAAUGUCUCGUGUAUGGAGUCCAUUAAUCGUGUGUUGAGCACUAGUGCUAAGGGAGACGGUUUCAAGGAUGUGAUUCUUAUGUUGUUUGGCAAGAUUGUCGAGAACUUGAAUUCUACAGUGGAUAAGCUCGAACUUGCAAGUCCUGAAACCGAUGAAAUUGAAAUAACAAAGGAUUUCGACGAGGAGCAAAAGAGCGAUUCGGCCUUGAUGGCCAAGAUCGACUUGCAAUGGCUCUUCUACGAAUACAGAGGAUUGCUCAAGACGUACUUGAGAAAGUUCAAUGUGGAGCACGCCGAAUUCUUAGAAGCUGCUCGCGAUUUGUUCAACGGUAUCAGAAACGAACCUACGAGAAGUGACGUUUUCAAGUGGCUCGAGGAGUUGCAAUACUAG